AUGGAUAUCCGAGGCAAUUUUCUUAUUUUGUGAGCUCCUGGUGCACAAGGGGAACUGGGCACAGUGUCUUCAGUAUCAGCAUCUCAAGGUUCGGUGACAUGGGGAACUGAUGUGGACAACACCGUUUCUGAAAAUAAUGCUAUAGAAAAAUCAACAAUUAUAUCAACAGUGAUAUUAACAAUUUCCGAGAACGUAAUUGAUGAAAGCGGUGCGAUUUGGAAGACAAUAAUUCUACCAACCAUUCCUAAUGCGGUAACAGCAAAUAAUAUGUCUGAAAACAAUAUGGCUGAAAAAUUAGCAAUUCUCUCGACUGCUGCAGAAAUGCCGUCAGAUGAUAAUGUAUCCGAGAACAGUAUGAUGCAAAAAUCAACAUUUUUAUCAUCAGAAACAGAAAUGAUAAUAGAAAACAGAAUGACUGAAAAUAGUUCGACUGAAAAGUCAAUAGGGACUGCAGCGUCAGGAACAGUUGCAGAGAAUACAAUAGUUGAGAAUAAUUCCAUACCAAAGUCAACAGUUCUAUCACCGGGAACAGAAACUGACGCAGAGAUUAGUAUACAUGAAGACAAUUCAAUUCAUAAAUCACCAAUUCCGUCUACAGAUCCAGAAACAUAUGCAGUUAAUUCUAUUUCUGAGAGCAGUUCCCUGCAACAGCUGGAAAACAUGGCAGCAGUGACACAAACAGAGGCGGACUACAAUUCAGGUUACAGUCAAUUUUCUACAUUGUAA